AUGUCGAAGCCCCCUUUCCCCGUCGUGCUGCUCCUCUUAUUGAUAUCGUCCACACAAUCCCCCGCCGCCUGCGCGAGUUCAUUUGUCUGCAACCUCGUCAAAUACACCGUUGGCGACGAAUUUUCCGGCAACGUUGAAUCCUUGUUGUACGACUUGGCUGAAUUGGGGCAGUACGAACCCGGUAAAAAUUACUACGAAAAUUACCCUUUCCGAGGCUCUCAGGUGGCCUACGGCCGCUCCACGUGCUCUGGCAGCCUCACCGUCGACGACUGCUACUCUUGCCUUUUAAAGGCCGUCGUGGCAGUGAAAAAUUGGUGCUAUAUGGCGAUUGGAGGUCAGGUUGAGGUCGGGGAGUGCGACCUCCGGUACGAGCAAUACGAUUUUGUCUGA